AUGCAAGCCCAGCAGCGACUUGUUGAUCUAGCUGAGCAGCCGUCACGCAAGAAGCAGUCGUCGCGUCCCUCUACGGCUCCUUCCAGCUUCGCACAUGUCUUCGAUGAGAACGCCCUCCCAACGAAAAGGCAGCUGAUCGACGCAGCGUCUUGUGUUGUCGUGGCUGAAAAUGGCAUUAGGGUGCCGUUUGGCGACCUCUUUCGGGACCAGAAGACGGUCGUUAUAUUUAUCAGGCACUUUUGGUGUCCUAUGUGCCAAGACUACAUGUUUUCCAUCGCCAAUACUGUAGAUCCACAAGUUCUCAAGCAGUCAGGAAUAAACCUUGUUGUCAUCAGCAAUGGUUCGUACAAUAUGAUCAAAUCUUACCGACAGAUUUUCCGGACGCCCUACGCCGUGUAUACCGAUCCUUCUUCUCGCCUCUAUGCUAUUCUGGGGAUGACUAUGAAGUCGGUUGAGCCAAAAGCAGAACAGCGUCGAAGUAGCUACGUCCGACAUGGUCGCGCGGGAGGUAUUGCUAUGGUCAUUGCAAAUGCUCUCCGUGUCGGCAUGCCCGUCUGGGAGAAGGCCGGCGAUGCUACCCAGCUCGGUGGCGAGUUCGUCCUGGGGCCCGGGAUGACAGCAUCGUAUGCACACCGUAUGCGAACUCGCAGCUCGCACGCGCCUAUCGUUCGGGUGCUUACAGCUGCAGGUGUGACCGUUUAUCUCCGUAGCGAGAAGCCGAAACCUGUUGUCUCAUCUGAUCCCGCUGGCCGGUCCUCUAUCGUCCUUGAGGUGGACGAGGAACAAUGGAUGGAGGAGCGACGCCGAAGUCUUGCCAGAAUCCGCGAGCGGAAACAGGCUCGAAGAUUAGGUGUUAGCGUCCCAAGCAGCGACUCCGGUUCUGAAAAGGAUACGGGACGUCAUAUCAGACAUUCUGUGAGUCUCAUGACUCGAACUGACAGCAUCGCGGAGGAGGAUGAGGAGUAUGUUAUUCCGAUCCUGAGGCCAAAGGCUGGCGCCACCACAAGCAGCCCUCUGCGAGGCGCUGAUGGUGACGAGUCAAGCGAUUCUGCUGAAGACGACACCGAUAAUUCAUCUGUAGAUACGCGAUCAAUGACAGGCUCGGACGCUGGAUCUGAGAAAGGCCAUGUUGGGCUCAGCAAGAAACCUGGCGCUGUCGAAUUUAUUCAUGACCUUUCUCCACCUAUACCGCUCCUUAUCUGA